AUCUUUUAGUAGUAAUAACAAUUUGCUCCAGUUGGAAAUCCAAGUAACCCUAGAUUUUGUUUGGUAACUCUCUGGGAGCGAAAGGGACACCGAUCGACACUGAUGGCGGCACGGGCGGCGCUCAAGGCAGCGGCUUUCUCCAUCUCCCGUUCGUCGGCGGCCACGCAGUCGGCGAGGCUCGUCCCGCGCAGGGGCUUAGCCGGAGGCGGAGAUCAUCAUGGACCUCCGAAGGUUAACUUUUGGGAAGAUCCACUCAGCCCUGCUAAGUGGAAGGAAGAACAUAUGGUAAUUAUCUGUCUAUCCGGUUGGGGUUUGCUCAUCUAUAGUGGAUACAAGGCUUUUAGCGGAAAGAAGGAAAGCAAGCAAGAGGUGGGAGAGAAGGUCGGACAGUAGACGAACCUUCAAAGGUAUCAUGUUUCCUUAUAUAUUUAGCAUGCCAAUAAGCCACUCGAAAGACCAAUCGCACCUUCAAGUUUCGCUGAGUUUGUAAUUCUCCAGAGUCAUUCUCGUUUAUUAUUUUUCUUUUCUGUUCUUUAGACGGAGCUUUCGAAACCGAAAACUUUUUGAAGAUUUUUGAGAUCUUUUGCUUCCAAUGGCAAUGACAAACAUCUUUAUCUUCUUUAUGUCA